CGGCAUUUGGGUCGGCCAAAAGUCUGGCAUUGAUGCUGACAUCCUUGCUGCCCACUCCAAUAUAUAUAUCCACACCCACACCCCAUAUCCGUCUCACCUUUCUUUCUUCACUCUUGGUGGAAAUGGAGGAUAUGGAGCUCCGAUUGGAACUCUCACUUUCAACCCGACCCGACCCGCCCUCCAACAGAAAACGCGCUUUUGCUCACACCCAUUCGCCCUUCUCCAACAGAAACGGUGGAUCUGUGGUUGGUUGGCCGCCGGUGAGGUCUUGGAGGAAGCAGCUGUGUCACCGCAACCGCCGCGUUUGCGCCACUAAUUAUGUCAACGUUGAGAAUGGCGGCGGCGGCGGCUGGAGGGCUGCGAAUUCGGUGUACGUCAAAGUGAAAAUGGAAGGAGUUGGGAUUACGAGGAAGAUUGAUUUAAGCUUCCAUCGCUCCCAUCGCACACUUGCUACCAAUCUCAUUGACUUGUUUGGAAAAUCUGAGGAAAAUGUGGCGUACAAACUCAUGUAUCAAAACAAGGAAGAUGAAUGGCUACAAGCAGGAGAUGUACCAUGGGAAUGCUUCAUCAAGUCAGCUCGACGCUUGAAGUUAGAGAAGAAUGGCAAUUCAUCGUAGUUGUGAUAGAUGUUCUACUUUAGUUAUUAGCUUAUGUUAAUAACGUACGAUGCAUAUAAAUGUUCUAUUUUGUCA